UCCUGCUGGUUCAGAUAAAGAGGAAGAAGCAGAAGUACGAUGAGGGACAUGAGACGAGUCCACAGGAGCUGACGGAGGCUGACAGGGAGGUUCUUCUGAAGCUGGGGAGGCUGGCGUUUGAACAGCUGGAGAAAGGAAACAUCAUGUUCUACCAAGAAGACCUGGAGCAGUGUGGUCUUGAUGUCACAGAGGCCUCGGUGUACUCAGGAGUUUGUACAGAGAUCUUCAAAAGAGAGAGUGUGAUCUUCCAGAAAACAGUCUACUGCUUUGUUCAUCUGAGCGUUCAGGAGUUUCUGGCUGCAGUCUACAUGUUCCACUGUUACACCAGCAGGAACACAAAGGCACUGGAGGACUUCCUGGGGAAAGACUGGAAACAGAAAGACUCAAAGUCUUUCCUUAAGAAAAUGUCAAAGUUUUUUGGAAAGUACCCAUCCCUGGAUGUGUUCCUGUGGAGCGCCAUGCAGAAAUCCCUCAAGAGUAAAAAUGGCCACCUGGACCUGUUAGUUCGCUUCCUUCAUGGCCUCUCUCUGGAGUCCAACCAGAGACUCUUAGGAGGCCUGCUGGGUCGGACAGACAACAGUCCAGAAAUCAUCCAGAGAGCCAUCAACAAACUGAAGGAGAUGAACAGUGAUGAGAUCUCUCCUGACAGAAGCAUCAACAUCUUCCACUGUCUGACGGAGAUGAACGACCACUCAGUACAUCAGGAGAUCCAAGAGUUCCUGAAGUCAGAGAACAGAUCAGAGAAGGAACUCUCUGUGUUCCACUGCUCAGCUCUGGCCUACAUGCUGCAGAUGUCAGAGGAGGUUCUGGAUGAGUUGGACCUGGAGAAGUACAACACAUCAUGGGAGGGACGACUGAGACUGAUUCCAGCUGUGAGGAACUGCAGAAAGGCUCUGUAAGUCCAGAUGUGAUU